AUGACAUCGCCCGAAGAUGCUGCUCCGGUCAAACCACCGCCGUCCUUCUCCCCCGGCGUUGCGCGAGGCACCUCCAAAUCAAGAUACGCGGACGAGGCCGAGUCCACACAUUCUAUAGAUGCCGAGCUGGCAGAGGCCCGCUCGGGGUCCUCUCCGACGCCUCUGUCGGCUACCACUGCGGAGUUGCCCAUCCGGUCUUCAUCACCGCACGCCCGGUCAAUCAGGUCGUCCACUCCGCAAUUAGCUCGCUCAUCACUUGGCUCGCCAUUUGAUGGAAGAUUUGAUGGCUCAGAAGAUAUCAGGUCCUUAAUAAUCCGCGCCUUCUCGCCAACCGUUGCCAUCUACGCCUCCGAUGACACCGAUGAACUGGUGAGGAAUAAGGGGUUCAAAGGAGGGUUCUGGGAAUUGGUUAGACCUUUUGGCGAUACCGUCUCUGGAAAAGUUGUCAUCCGGGACAGUGUUGGAUCAAGUCGUGCCUGGGAGGAUUAUGGAGUGCGGUUCGUGAAUUUGAAAGGGUUUGGCCGGGCCCCCGCAGGUCGAGAGUCCGGACAGGAGUCGUCUCUGACGCAGAUGGAAGAAAUACUGGAGCAGCAGCUGGAGUCGGCAGAAGGGCCUCUUGGAGGAUCCAUACCCUCAAAGGACGCACUGGGGGUUCCAGCGGCAAGCCCGCUGUGGAAGUUGUUACUACGACAAAUACUAUCCGCUACCUCUGCGGCACCCCACGAAACAUUUGGUCACCCUGUUGCCAGUGUAAUUGCUAUUAGCUCCCGCAACAUGGCCCCGUUGGAGACACUCAGACAAUUGUAUGGUGAAAGCAGUUCUGGUGACCAGCGGUUACCAGAUUGGGUUAAUUCUGAGUAUCUUCGAUACUAUGUCUUGGUCCAUGAUGAGGAACGCGACGAUAUUACAGAGUCAACAAAACUAUAUGACCAGAUGAAGCGACACUUUGGGUUACAUUGUCACUUGUUGCGGCUUCGCAGUAGUCAGUGCAUCGUGACGGACGAUGACAGUGUCCAAGUACCUUCGUGCGAAUGGCUGUCCCCACAGGAGCGUUUGUCAGGCGUGGGAGAAGCAGGCAAGUUUUUUUUUUCAGAGACAUUAGUGGAUCUCGGCACAGAUGGUACACCGUACCUGUUUGACUCUGAUGCCACUGCCAUUCGGACAUUCAUUCGAGAACUCAUGGUACAGUCCGUGAUUCCCUUCAUGGAAAAUCGUGUUGCUGUCUGGAACGACCAGAUUGCUUCUCGGAGACGUGGAAUCAGUGGAAGAUUCAUGUCCGUCGGCCGAAGAUUCAUGACAUUUGGUUCUGGCGCAAGAUCUGGGACCACUGGCUCCUCGGGUGGAAGCGGCAAUUAUGAUCCAACAAACAACUUUUAUGGGCCAGACUCGCCGGAAGCCAUUUUGCGUAAGAUGGCGGAUUUUGCUUUUAUGCUUCGUGAUUGGAAGUUGUCCGCUUCAACAUAUGAAAUGAUCCAGUCGGACUUCAAGAAUGACAAAGCAUGGAAAUACCAUGCCGGAGCUCAUGAAAUGUGUGCAGUGAGCAUGCUUCUCAACCCACUUGCUAUGUCUGCCAAGAUCAAGCUUGAGAGUGUUGACCAAAUGUUCGAGAACGCUUGCUAUUCUUAUCUCACACGUUGUUCCGACGUGCCACAUGCACUGCGUGCCCUGUCUCUCGGCGUCGAACUUCUCAAGUCUCGGGGUGGAUCUGCCACCGAGAGCGCAGCCAGAUGGGCCAUGCGGGUCAUGGAUUUUGGCUUGGUUGGCCCUAUCGGUCAAAUAUUGUUCACGGAGAGGAUUUCAGCAUGCUAUGCAUCGAAGAUCUCUAUGGGUGGAGCUAAAUGGGGCGGGCGUCGUCGAAAAGCCGGUAUGUGGAGCAUUUUCGCUGCGAAUCAAUGGCUGAAGGCCGGAAAUCCUACUUUGGCUGCUGCUUGUCUAGAAGAAGGAGAACGUCUCUACGGUGAUGUGCUCGAGACGGACGGUGUCUUUCCAAUUCCAGAGAUGCAGACCUUUGUCGACAACCUCCGGCAUUCCGUAAAGGUUGAAUACCUCGGGGCAAGAGGAUUUGACGUACAGGAUGAGCCAGUCUCAGAGGACCCAGUCCCUACCGAUGAGACUAGCGAGAAACUUGAGAAGAUUGACAAGCGAAAUCAUCGCCGCUCUUUGAUUGGGCUGCCUGGGCAGCUGGACGUGGGGAAUCUCACCAUGACUUCAGGGGCCAGGGACCCUGGAAACCCGCCAAAUGAUGACUUUGAACGAGCCUGA